AUGCGGCAAGAUAAGGAAAGGUAUGAGUUUAUGAUGGAGGAUAGAAAACCAAUUUAUGAACGAGUUGGGCAAAUGCAAUUGGAGAGGUACGAAAAGGAAAAAUUAAGAAAGCAACAACAACACGAGGAAGAGAGAAAAAAACUGAGAAGUGCUCCGGCCAUAAGCAGAGAAUCACAAAGAAUUGUUGCUGCUAUGAAAAAUAGGGUUCCAAUCACUGAUAGAGUAAAUAGUAUUGAUGAUCAAACAUUAAUGGAAAAGGAGAAGGCAAAAAGAAGAUUUAUGGAAGUUAAAAAGGAGGAGCUUGAAGAUUGUACAUUCCAACCACAAGUUAAUCCAGUCUCUAAGAAGAUUGUACAAUCAAAAACAAAGCAACAAUCAUUCUUUGAAAGGCAAAAGAUGUAUGAAGCAAGAGAAAAGAUGAAACAGGAAUACAUGUCAAAAACAGAGCAAGCUCAAUAUAAUUUCAAACCAUCUAUUUCAAAAACAUCGAAUGAUAUUUGUAAGAAGAAUCUAAAUAGAGCAGGUACAAUGGAAGAUAUUUAUGAUAGGCUCACUAACAGAGACAAGAAGAGAAUGGAUCACAUCAAAACAGAGAUUGCAGAACAAUACUAUUCUAAAUUUUCAUUUCAUCCAACGAUUAAUCAAGUUUCAAAUGUAAUAGCUGCUCCAACCGACUUGGAAGAGCUUGUCAAUAAUUCCAAAAGUAAGAGAAUCAAAGAAGAACUCACUCUUAAAGUUAUGGAAAAAGAAAACUAUAGUUUCCAACCAACCCUAGUAUCACAAAAUGAUAAAUAUCUUCAAGACAGAAAACCUUAUGCAGUAAUCAACGAGCAAGAAAAAUUCUUGAAACAAAAAGAAAUUAAGAGAGCUAAGGCACUUAUAGAAUUAGAGUGUGAACAACUCCAAGAAUGUACAUUCCAACCAACAAUUAAUGAAGGAAAGCCUUCACUAGAAGCAGAUACCCCUAUAGUAAUUAAGGGUCUAGGUAGACAUAUUGAAAGAAGAGAACGAGCCAAGAGAAUUGAAGAAGAAAGGCGAGAAAGAAACGAAGAAGUAUUCAGACCUAAAGUAUAUUCUAAGAAAGUGGGAGGAGCCACAAUUAUGGAACCAUUUUCAUUUAACUACAACUAGAUUUAAUCACAAUUCUUUUACUAAAUUUGUAAUUUAUUAAAAGUUAGUGCCUUUAAAAA